CCGAAUAACUUGAUUUUAUAAAUCAUGCACGGGCACUAUGCUAUUACGAGUAUUUCAAUACUCCUCUUUCCGACAACCACGGCUCCAUCAUUUUAUCGGCCGACUUGUAAAUAAAAACCAAAAUCGAGCUCAUUUCGUGGCAAAUUAAUACGGAGUACAAACACAAAUCUCUCACUCCCUCUCCAAAAUUAAACAAAAAAAAAAAAAAAAAACAUUGCUCAAAAAUCAUUCGAAACUUACUAACCCUAAUUCUUCAAACUAUAAUCCCUAAUUCCCAAUAAUCUUCUUCCAAUUUCCAGAAAUUCUUGCAACAAAAUCUCAGCUAUGUCGUUCGAUUUGAUGCUGAAGCCAACAUGUGGUCGAUGCGGAUCAAGCAGCGAUCUCUAUGGCAGCAAUUGCAAGCAUUUGACGCUUUGCUCUAACUGCGGUAAAACUAUGGCGGAAAAUCGCGCUAAAUGCUUCGAAUGUGGCACCCCUAUCACUCGAUUGAUUCGCGAGUAUAAUGUUAGGACGAAUUCGAGCAAUGAUAAGAAUUACUUCAUUGGGAGAUUUCCGACUGGAUUGCCGAAUUUCUCCAAGAAGAAGAGUGCGGAGAAUAAAUGGACUUUGCAGAAAGAAGGGCUUCAAGGUCGCCCGAUUACCGAUACUUUGAAGGAGAAGUUAAAGAAUAAGCCUUGGAUGCUGGAAGAUGAAACUGGGCAAUCACAGUUCCAGGGUCAUUUGGAAGGUGCACAAUCGGCUACAUAUUAUCUCCUAAUGAUGCAGGCCAAAGAGUUUGUUGCAAUACCAGCUGGUUCUUGGUACAACUUUAAUAAGGUUGCACAAUAUAAGCAACUUACGUUAGAAGAGGCAGAGGAGAAGAUGAAAAAUAGGAGAAAGUUUGUUGAUGGUUACGAAAGAUGGAUGAUGAAGACAGCCAGCAAUGGGGCUGCUGCAUUCCCGACCUUUGAUGCGAAUCUUGUGAAAGAUAUUCCUACUGGUGGUGGAGGGAAAGGUCGCAAGAAAUCAACUGCUGAAAAGGAGGGUAAUGCUUCAGAAAAGGGAGAGGAUGAAGGAGAAGAGGAUGCAGAUAGGAAGCCAAAAAUUGGAUCUAGCAAUGGAGCUGAUGAUGACGACGGCAAUGAAAGCCCUGCUGGAGGUGACUUUGAUGAUGAAGAUGAUAAUAUUGAGAAAGGUGAUGACUGGGAGCAUGAAGAAAUUUUCACUGAUGACGAUGAAGCUGUUGGUAAUGAUCCUGAGGAGCGGGAAGACCUAGCUCCUGAAGUUCCUGCACCCCCAGAGAUUAAGCAGGACGAGGAUGACGAUGAGGCUAAUGAAGAGGAGGGAGGACUGAGCAAAUCAGGGAAGGAGCUGAAAAAAUUGCUUCAGGGACAGGCCAAUGGGCUUAAUGAGUCUGACAGAGAUGAAGAAGAUGACAGCUCAGCCAAAAAAAAGAAAGAUGAAGAGGAUGAUGAUGAUGACGAUGAGGAAGAUCGCCCUUCUCCCGUUUUAGCUCCGAAGUUGAAGGACCCUAAAGAUGAGCCAGCUGAUAGCAGCCCUGCAAAACCAGCUCCUGGAGGAUCUUCUCGGGCAACUCCUGCCUCAAAAUCGGCAAAAGGAAAGAGGAAAAAUGGUGAUGAUACAAAAUCUUCUAGUGCAGCUCCUCAUAAGAAGGUGAAAACUGAAAAUGAUGUGAAAUCAGCCGCAAAGGAAAAUGCAUCAAAAAUUGGUGGGGCCCCAAAAGUUACACCACCAUCGUCCACAAAGGCUGGUACAUCUACUUCAGGCACACCUGCUCAGGGCCCCGUCUCGGAAGAAGAAAUUAGAGUUGUGUUGUUGCAAAAAGCGCCUGUAACCACUGCUGAUCUUGUGGCCACAUUUAAAUCAAGACUAAAGUCACCAGAGGACAAGAAGGCGUUUGCUGAAAUUUUGAAGCGGAUAUCUAAGAUACAGAAGAGUGAUAACAAGAGUUACGUUGUGCUAAGGGAGAGGAGCAGAUAAAUCUGGUUAUUGUCUGCUUUAAUUCAGACAGAAAAUAAGACACUAUAUGUUUGAUAUUGUGAACUUUUUCAUAAGGCAAUGGAAUAUCAGGACUUGUAAAGCUGUAGAAUUCAUAUCCUGACUAAACUAGUCACAUAGAUGAUGUCUGAUUAAUUUCUGUGGAAAUAUCAUAUUCUGGUACAACUUACUGCAAGACCGCCAAGGGAAUUAUCUUAUCUGAGUACGGAAUAUGAAAGAGCUCAAUUUAAACUUUAAAGUA